AUGACUGCUUUCCUCAAGAAGAAGGAUAAAAAACCAGCUACGUCCAGUGCGCCGCCCAGCACCACUAGCUCGGUUAACUUAUCUACACAAAAUGUGACGACGAACGCUUCAUCCAGCACCCAGGUUGCAAGUACAGCUUCCCUUAAAAGUAAGUCGGGUUGUGGAGGCAAUAAACAUGGCAAUCACAAUCACAACCGUCUUGACGUAGAUUCCGGCAAUAAGAGUCAUCCCGAGAGAGAUAGCAAUCAUGGGCCUAACACCUCAUCGUCUCAAACUUCAGUAGUAGAUACAAAACCAGAACUCAAACGCUCAUCUGGAAGUAUUCUAUCGAUUAUCUCCUCACGUACAAAGAUUGACCGUGAAGAAAAGAGGAAGGAUAAGAAACUCGAAGAAGAACACGAAGAUUUAAAGAGGCACUAUCACUCGGACAUGACCUACGCGAAAGCAGGCAUUGCGGUAAAUAAUGCGGAAACAAGCUAUGAAAGCGCUAAGAAAGAACUUCAGGAUCUGUAUGAUAUAGGCGCGACUAAAGAAAAGAUCAGAGCGCAAGAAAAAAAAGUGCGAUCGGAGUGGGAAAAUCGGAGGAAAGCGGAUGAAGAACUUGAUGCAAUCCGCGAUGAUGACAAAAGAACAGCGGAGAAACAACGAGAGAAAGUGAGCAGAAUGAGCGAGGACAAUCCUUACAGGAUCAAGGCAGAAAAGAAGGCUCGAAAGAAAGAACAGGAAAGUCAAAAGUGGGUAGACAAACAAGAGAAGAAAGAGAAGAAGGCUAAGGAAGCUGCAAUUAAAGCGAAGGAGGCUAAAGGGCUGGAGGAGCAGGGAAAGAGUUGCAAGUGA